UCAUCUGGGCGGAUAAAGGAAUACAUCCUUAACUGACAGCUGAGUUUUGCGGAAGUGGACAUUUAUGCUUCCAACCCUGCAAACUACCGAGGAGGAAUAAGGACUGUGGAGCUCCAGCUGAUGGGACAAUGCAGCAGUUAGGUGAUAGCAGCUCCCCCUCCUUCAACCCCCUAGUGGUGCUGGAGUUUGUGUCUGGCACCAAGGAGGAGGCCAUCGCCUGGCUGCUGAGCAGGAUCAGAGCCCCACAGGAGGCUGGAGGUUCUGGGUUACUGGUGGAGCAGCUGGGACCAGGAGUCGGCGCUGAGCAGAAGGACAACCCCAACCUGUUUCUGGUGGGGGCAUCCUGGGAGAGGCUGCUGUCUGGAGCUGAGGAUGUGGGCCUCUUCAAGGAGUACAGCGACGGCUCCAUGAGAGGCUUCACCUACGUCAACAGGCACAAUUUUAAAGACUUUCAAGGGGACGGAAACGGCUUCCUGAGCAUGGCUGAGUGUCAGUACAUCAUCAAACAUGAGCUGGAGACUCUGAGAGCCAAAGAUGAGACUCACGUACCCGGAUACAGCAACGCCAAGCUUUAUCCAGGGAAAUCUAUCAUACGCAGAUUGCUGUCCAAAGGAAUCCUGAUCCAGAUGUUUCCACUACACCACAAAGAAGAACUGAAAAGACUCUCCUUUUCUUGGUAUAAAAAAAUCAAGCUGUCCCUUCAGCCUCUAGAUGAAAUCAGACACUACUAUGGUGAGGGCCAGGCGCUGUACUUUGGCUUCCUAGAGUACUUCACCUUUGCCCUGGUGCCUAUGGCUCUGUUAGGAGUGCCUUACUACAUGUUUGACUGGGAGGAUUAUGAUAAAUAUGUAGCCUUUGCUGUUUUCAACGUGGUCUGGUGCACAAUUAUUCUGGAGCUGUGGAAGCGAUCCAGUGCCACACUGGCCUACCACUGGGGCACGCUAAGCAGGAAGAAGGCCUUCGAAGAACCUCGCCCUGGGUUCCACGGCGUCCUCGGGUACAACCCCGUGACAGCUCGGGAGGAGCCUCUGUACCCCAACUCCAAGCGCCUGCUGAGAAUCUACCUGGUGUCGCUGCCCUUCGUCCUGCUCUGUCUCUACCUCUCUCUGUACGUCAUGAUGAUCUACUUCCAGAUGGAAGGCUGGGCGCUGUACGUCCAUGACCAGCACCCUUCGUUCUGGACAGGAGUGCUCCUUUACAUCCCCAGUAUUAUCUACGCCGUGGUGAUAGAGGCCAUGAACCUCGUUUAUAGAUACGCUGCUGAGUUCCUCACAGAAUGGGAAAAUCACCGCCUGGAGUCUUCAUAUCAGAACCACUUGGUCCUUAAAGUUCUUGUUUUUAACUUCUUCAACUGUUUCGCCUCGCUGUUCUACAUCGCAUUUGCAAUGCAGGACAUGGUGCUGCUCAGUCAGAGUCUGGCCACCUUACUGAUCACCAGUCAGAUCUUGAAUCAGUUCAUGGAGGCCUUCUUGCCUUACUGGCUGCAGAGGAGACGCAACAAGAAGAUGAUUCGCAAAGUUCAGAAGAGAAAAAUUCCUGGGGACAAAGAGCUCCCUCUAGCGGAGCAGGUCCGCCUGGAGGCCGAUAUGAGCGCGUACUUGGGAACAUUUGACGACUACCUGGAGCUCUUUCUGCUCUUCGGCUACGUCAGCCUGUUCUCCUGCGUCUACCCGCUGGCUGCCGUCCUGGUGGUGUUGAACAACGUCACAGAGGUUUACUCCGACGCCUUCAAGAUGUGUCACGUGUUCAAAAGACCCUUCGCUGACCCGGCUGCAGACAUCGGAGUCUGGCAGCUCGCCUUUGAGACCAUGAGUGUGAUUGCUGUUGUGACCAACUGUGCGCUCAUUGGCAUGUCUCCACAAGUCAAAGCAUACUUCCCUGAGUCCGAGACCCAGCUCAUCCUCUGGACGGUGGCCAUCGAGCAUGGACUGCUGGCUUUCAAGUUCAUCCUGACGUUCCUUAUCCCAGAUGUUCCCAAACACAUCCAGAUCAAACUGUCCCGGCUUGAGUUCGAGUCACUGGAGGCUCUGAAGAAGAAGAAAAUGCUGGAAGGCGCGGAGUUCAGGAAGAGCGUCCAGUGAGGAGAGGAGGACCAGCAGACUCUGACGACCCACACUCCCUUUUUGUUUGCUUUUCAAAACCCCAUCUUUGUUAUUAUGCACCGUGAAAAUAUGGUUUACUAUUAGUGGAGCAGACGUGUCUGAACACUGAAACGGGUUCUGGGUUUGGGGUGAUGGACGACUAGAAACAUGUUGGGAUGAAUGAGCUGCUGUUCAAGUUCUCUGCAGAUAUGAUGGACUGUAAAACAUAUUUAGUUAUUCCAAAGAGUGUUGAUGAAAAUAACUGCUUUGGUGUUCUCAUGUUCAGCCACUGAAGUCACUUUGGGUUCAGUCAGCAUUUUGGUUCAGAACAGUACAAAGUAACAUGUUCUAAUUAUAAAUGUGUUAAAGACUGCAAGGUGUGUGGUCACCUGAUUGGCUGACAACACCACCCCGAAAUGUAUGGAAGCAAACAAAGGCCAAAAAGAUGCAACCACUGAAAGCAAUAUCAGAUUUGAGUUUAAAAUCUGAACCGGAUCCACCUGGGAUUGGAUUUAUCCGGACUGUUCCAUGCAGAUACUUCGGUUUUUCUUUGUUCCCGUAAACACGAUCACAGCAGAAUGCCAUAUAAUGACAGCAUGUGUUAAAUCAUGAGUUCUUCACAUCCACGGUAGGAACACACACACACGGCAGCAUGUGAGGGCCAUUGUUGAGGGCUGACAAAAACAGUUUGAAAAUAAUCUCAGGAAUUUUCUAGGCAAAAUACAGAGCUCCAAAAGUUAAAAUUUUGGGAGAAAAAACUGACAAUUUAAGAUUAAUCUCAGAAAUCUUCUAAAAAUAACAUGGAAAUUUCUGAGUUUGACAAGCCUACAAUUUGCUACAAAAAAAACCCCUAAAAUUUUGAAAUUAAUCUUAAUUCAAAAGUUGAAAAUGGUAAACCUUUGAAACUGAACAUUUCUAGGUUGUCAGAAAAAAAAACAAAAAAACACUGUAGCAAAUUUUUUACUUUCAAACUCCUUAAACUAUUCCAGAGAAACCAAUGAAAUUUCUGAGUUUUUUGGUUGAAAUGUACUCUUUUAUUUUUCUUUCUACAGUGGCCCUGAUACGCCGUCAUACACAAAAGUUGAAGUGCACUCCUGUAGCCUCCUGGUGCCUUAGUUUCCUGCUGUUUAUUCUAUAAAAUGUACCAAAGCUGCAGCAGCAGGUUGCUCUGGAUCAGCCUUGGCUUCAAUAAACUAAUAAACCUGGAACUUAA